AUGAAGACCUUUGUCAGGUCUCCGGCCGUGAGGACUCUAUCUCGACCUCCCACGCCGUCGCAUGUUCCAGCCCAAUGGCGGCCCUCGGCUGCACACGCAUCUCCGCGCCUUGCGCACAAGGUGUCUGAUGCCGAGAUUGCCGCCCUUGCCGGUCAGCACCAGCAUUCGCUGAGUCUCGCGGACCUGGUCAAACAUGGGCGCCCGCCACUCUCGGAAAAGUCGUUGCUCUCGUCCGCAAACUUCACGCUCUCCCUGCUGCCGAUCCGCCUUGCUCGUCGCAUCCAGGCCCUCCGGAAUUUACCUUACAUUGUCGUCUCGAACCCAAACAUCUCCCGCAUCUACAACAACUACCUGCACUCCCUCUCAAUCCUUCUGCCUUACUGGCACGCUGCCGCCCAGGGUCAGCCCAUUGCCACCCUGCAAGACGAGAUUAAAUUCACAAACGUACUCGCCGAACUCGUGGCAACGCACACCGACACGAUCCCCAUCUUGGCAAAGGGCUUUCUCGAGUGUCGCAGGUACAUUUCACCCACAGAGGUGACGCGCUUCCUCGACGAGCACCUUCGCGCUCGCAUCGGAACCAGGCUUGUUGGCGAGCAACACAUAGCCCUGCACUUCAGCAGUCAACCUCAUUUUGCUCCCGAGGACAGUCCCACACCGUGCCCGGAGCAUCCGUCUUACAUUGGGGUCAUAGACACAGCGCUGAGGCCUUCACAAACCAUUGAAGCCUGUGCCGGCUUCGUCGCCGAUAUUUGUGAGCUCCGCUACGGCUCCCGGCCGCAACUCUAUAUCGAUGGCGAGCCGGAUACCACAUUUGCUUUUGUUCCUAUGCACCUCGAGUACAUUGUCACGGAGCUUCUCAAGAACGCAUUCCGCGCCACUGUCGAGAGUAGAUCACGCGAGCCUGUUGUUGUGACCAUUGCUCCGGAGCCGCCCUUCAAGCAGCAGCCCGGCGGCGCCCCUCACAUCACACCUCCGACGGAAGACCGGGGCCUCUUCCGCAGCGACGCUAUCCGGCCGCUAGAUGACAAUGCCCCCGGUGUGACCAUCCGCAUACGCGACCGUGGUGGCGGCAUCCCUCCCGACGUUCUCCCUAAUAUCUGGUCCUAUUCCUUCACCACCUUUUCCGAGGAAGACGAGUUUCCUGGCUCAGGCGACGGCUCCACUGAUGGCCUCGGCGCCAUCGCUACUGCCAGCGUUGGUGGAAGCUCUAUUGCCGGCCUGGGCUACGGCCUGCCGCUGAGCCGUGCCUACGCAGAGUACUUUGGCGGCGGCAUUGCUGUCCAGAGUCUCUACGGAUGGGGUACCGACGUCUAUCUUAGACUGAAGGGCGUCGGCACGAUUGAUAAUAAAUAG